CGAAGAGCAGCGGCUGCCACUUCAGCGGGGCGGUGGGAGCAGCUACAGUAGAGGCAGGGGGCUGGACCUGGGGGCUUCUGUCUUUCCGAAAAGCAGCACGGCACCUUGCAUGCUUAACUAAGGGUUUCUGCUAACAGGCUUUCUGUUUAAAACACUGAAGGGAUAAUACUCUUCACCCCAGAGGAGACGGCAAAAUGACCGCGGUCGAAAUGCAAGCGCAGUAUCAGAGCUCCUAUAUGAUGACUGCGACCGAGGAAUACAUGAUCCAGGAAGACGACUGGGACCGGGACCUGCUGCUGGACCCCGCCUGGGAGAAGCAACAGCGAAAGACCUUCACCGCCUGGUGCAACUCUCAUCUGCGUAAGGCUGGGACGCAGAUUGAGAACAUUGAGGAGGACUUCAGGAAUGGACUCAAACUCAUGCUGCUGUUGGAGGUGAUCUCAGGCGAGAGGCUCCCCAAGCCCGACAAAGGCAAAAUGCGUUUCCACAAGAUCGCCAAUGUGAACAAGGCCCUGGAUUUCAUCUGCAGCAAGGGAGUCAAGCUGGUGUCUAUUGGUGCUGAGGAGAUUGUGGAUGGUAAUGUGAAGAUGACCCUUGGAAUGAUCUGGACCAUCAUCCUGCGUUUCGCUAUCCAGGACAUCUCUGUAGAAGAGACCUCUGCUAAGGAGGGCUUGCUGCUGUGGUGUCAGAGGAAGACUGCCCCCUAUAGGAAUGUGAAUGUACAGAAUUUCCACAUCAGUUGGAAGGAUGGCCUGGCUCUGUGUGCCCUCAUCCACAGACACAGACCUGACCUCAUUGACUACUCCAAACUGCGCAAGGAUGACCCUAUUGGCAACCUUAACACUGCCUUUGAAGUGGCUGAAAAAUUCCUAGAUAUCCCCAAGAUGCUUGACGCAGAUGACAUUGUGAACACACCAAAGCCCGAUGAGAAAGCUAUUAUGACUUAUGUGUCCUGCUUCUACCACGCUUUCGCUGGUGCAGAGCAGGCUGAGACAGCAGCUAACAGGAUCUGCAAAGUUCUUGCUGUGAACCAAGAGAAUGAGAAGCUGAUGGAAGAGUAUGAGAAACUGGCCAGUGAGCUGCUGGAGUGGAUCAGGAGGACCAUCCCCUGGCUGGAGAACCGUGUGGCAGAGCAGACAAUGCCAGCCAUGCAGCAGAAACUGGAGGACUUCAGGGAUUACCGCCGCGUGCACAAGCCACCCAAGGUCCAGGAGAAGUGCCAGCUGGAAAUCAACUUCAACACCCUGCAGACCAAACUGAGGCUCAGCAACAGGCCUGCCUUCAUGCCCUCUGAGGGCAAGAUGGUCUCGGACAUUGCCAAUGCCUGGAAAGGUCUGGAGCAGGUGGAGAAAGGCUAUGAGGAGUGGCUGCUGACAGAGAUCCGCCGUCUGGAGAGACUGGAACAUCUUGCUGAGAAGUUCAAGCAGAAGUGUACCCUGCACGAGUCAUGGACUGCAGGCAAAGAGCAGCUGCUGUCCCUGAAAGACUACGAGUCAGCCUCUCUGAUGGAGAUCCGUGCUCUGAUGAGGAAGCACGAGGCCUUUGAGAGUGACCUGGCUGCCCACCAGGACAGAGUUGAGCAGAUUGCUGCGAUUGCACAGGAGCUUAAUGAGCUGGAUUAUCAUGAUGCAGCCACCAUCAAUGCCCGCUGCCAGGGUAUUUGUGACGAGUGGGACAAUCUGGGCACCCUGACCCAGAAGAGGAGAGACUCACUGGAGCGUGUGGAGAAGCUUUGGGAGACCAUUGACCAGUUGUUCCUGGAGUUUGCCAAGAGGGCAGCACCCUUCAACAACUGGAUGGAUGGAGCCAUGGAGGAUCUGCAGGAUAUGUUCAUUGUACACAGCAUUGAGGAGAUUCAGAGUUUGAUCACAGCCCAUGACCAGUUCAAGGCCACGCUGCCUGAGGCUGAUAAGGAGCGAAUGGCCACGAUGGGCAUCCAGAAUGAGAUCCUGAAGAUUGCUCAGACUUAUGGGAUCAAACUGACGGGCGAGAACCCUUACACUGUCAUCUCCCCACAGGACAUUAGCAACAAGUGGGAGGCCGUGAAGCAGCUCGUCCCAAUGCGUGACCAGAUGCUGCAGGAGGAGGUAGCCAGGCAGCAGUCUAACGAGAGGCUGAGACGUCAAUUCGCUGCCCAGGCCAAUAUUAUCGGGCCCUGGAUUCAGACCAAGAUGGAGGAGAUUAGCCAUGUGUCCAUUGACAUUGCUGGCUCACUAGAGGAACAGAUGGGCAAUCUGAAGCAGUAUGAACAGAACAUCAUCAACUACAAAUCCAACAUUGACAAGCUGGAGGGAGAUCACCAACUCAGUCAGGAGGGUCUCAUCUUUGACAACAAACACACCAACUACACUAUGGAGCACGUCCGUGUGGGCUGGGAGCAACUGCUCACCACCAUCGCUCGCACCAUCAACGAGGUGGAGAACCAGAUCCUGACCCGCGACGCCAAGGGCAUCAGCCAGGAGCAGCUCAACGAGUUCAGAGCCUCCUUCAACCACUUCGACAGGGUAAGGAGGGAGGAUGGGCAGACUCAUGAUACUUUAUUCAGCAUUCAGUGUGUUCUUAUGCAGCUUCUAGAUGUUCUAGAUUUAACUGAUACAAUUUCUCUCUUGAAUUCACAGAAGAGGAAUGGCAUGAUGGACCCAGAUGAUUUCCGUGCUUGUCUCAUUUCUAUGGGCUAUGAUCUGGGUGAAGUGGAAUUUGCACGCAUUAUGACCCUGGUGGACGCAAACAACACAGGAGUUGUCACCUUCCAGGCUUUCAUUGACUUCAUGACCAGAGAGACAGCUGAGACAGACACUGCUGAACAGGUCAUGGCAUCCUUCAAGAUCUUGGCAUCUGAUAAGACAUACAUCACAGUGGAGGAGCUGAGACGGGAGCUGCCUCCUGAGCAGGCCGAGUACUGCAUCAGCCGCAUGACCCGAUUCGUCGGAGUCAAUGCUCCCGCAGAUGCCCUGGACUACAUCUCAUUCUCCAGUGCCCUGUAUGGAGAGAGUGACUUGUAGAUCAACCUUUCACACACAUACACACACCCACCCACACACACACUUAUGCAUACAAACACCCACCAAUAUAGUGGCACCCUUUAUGUUUCCAACCAAGGAAGCCCAAAAGGUCUAUCUCCAAAAAUAUUAAGAGGCAUAUUGGAAUGGCUUUGCUGCAGUGCCCUGAGGAGCAGUAUUAGUUUGAUGUAUCUGGUUCUGAAUUGACAUCCAAUUGCUAAUGGAUGAGAAACAAAGCAACCAAGACGACUAUGUUUAAAAUCAAUGUCAUAUUUUAAUGCAGUAUGGUAUUGUCAGUUUAAGCCUUCUGUUCCUCAUUUUGUCACCCUUUGGAGAAAAGUCAAUUAAAUAAACUAUUUAUGAAUCUUA